UGGGGUUUCUCUGCUUUAUUUAACAACAAGAAUUGCUAUGAAUUUUGCAGCACAAUUUCUCUACUCCAAGGUUUUAAAGAACAGAACUCCCAGGGAAUACUCCUCAGAAGAUGAAGACUAUGAUCCUUUCUGGCAAAGGUUGGAGAAUCUUGCUGUGUGACCUAGAACUAGAGUGCUCCUUUCUCCCCCCUAGGAGUGAUGGACAGUCCUGGGUUUGCACCCAGGGCCAGAGCAAUUGGCAUCACUUCCCCUGGAUCCCUUCUGCCUCCUUAUGGUGCUGUAGUUGGAGUUUUGCUUCAUCUCUUUGUUUAUUUUGUCACUGUGCUUUAUAGUUAUGCGGGGAAGCUCUUCUCAAAAAAUGAUGACAGUAAAGUGAAGAAACAAGAUAUCCGAACCCCUCAUGACAUUCAUCAUUGUAAGGACAGGCCUAUUAGAAAUGGCAACAUCGGGCAGCGACCAUUGUCCAUUAACCCUGAGAGACUGAAAGAUUUUGGGGAAGAGGACUACUUGAAUGGGGAUGUGAAGACUUGGGAAAUGAAGAUUGUGAGCCGGAGUGAGGAAUUACUUGGAGAUGCCCUUGACCCAGUUUCUCACUCAAAGAGCAAGACCUAUAAUAAGCUAAUUCGAUUUGAAGAUAUAAGUGCAGCAGCUUUCAAAAUCCAAUGUGGUGUUCAGAAAACCCCCUGCAUGUAUUCUAGGCUUUCAAAGCAGUAUGGAAUGGACAUCUACCUAAAGAAAGAGUUCCUCCAGUACACAGGAUCUGUAAAGGAACGGGGUGUCCUCUACCUUCUGUCAUCACUACCACAGGAUCAGCAGAGAAAUGGUGUGAUCGUGGCCUCCGACAGUAACUUUUGUAUGGCAGUUGCAUACCAUGCUUCAGAACUCCACAUUCCAGUGUUUGUCAUCAUGUCUACCAGCACCUCUCUAGCCAGAGUGAAAAUGUGCCGUGAUUAUGGUGCCAUGGUUAUUUCCUAUGGCACUACAGCCAAGGAUUCCCAGAUGCAUGCAAGAAGGCUGGCACAAGAGAAUGGCUAUUUGUACCUUGAAGAGGAGGACAGUGCUAUUUACCUUGCAGGGCUGGGUACCCUGGGUCUGGAGAUUUAUGAGCAGGUGCCAAAGCUGGAUGCGGUGAUUUUCCCUGCCGGAGGCCAUUGUGGUUUGCUGGCAGGAUCAGCUGCUGCACUCAAACACCUGAACCCACACAUUUCUGUGAUUGGUGUUGAAUCUGAGAGUUUCCCUAUACUACAACAGUCAUUAAGGACAGGCCAACCUGUCAAAGACCAGGCCUGCAGCAAUCAUCAGUUUUAUGGAGAUGUGAGUGGGCCUUGCUUUGGCACCAAUUCUUUCCAGUUGACAGGAAAACUUGUAGACAAAGUUGUUACUGUGAGGGAGGAGGACAUUCUCAUUGCCAUACUGAGGCUGCUAGAAUAUGAGCGAGCCACAAUUGAUGCAGAAGGGGCCAUUGGACUUGCGGCUUUAGUUGCAGGGAAGCUGCCAGAAUUAAAGAGUAAAAGAGUGGCAAUUGCUGUAUGCAGUGGCAACCUGGAAUUGCCUUUGAUGCGACAGUGCAUAGAUCGUGCCCUGACCCUGGACAACAGAAUGUGCAAAUUUUCCCUUCUGCUCUCUGACUGCCCAGGGGAUAUUACAAAGUUACUGGAGAUGUUGGCUCGGGAAGACGUGAGGGUGUUGGACAUUAAGCAAGAACAUAUGUUUGUGACAUCUGAUCUCUUCACUAAUGAGGUCACCUGCAUUGGAGAGACUAGAGACAAAAUCCAUACAGUACAACUAAGAAAUGCUCUCUUGGAUCGCUACCCGGAGAUGAAGUGGACAGAACGGUGAUCAGCAAAGCACUGUGGAAAGUGCUACGGUCUUUUAACAAGCACUUUAUAGAGAAUUGAAACUUGAGGCAAUAACAAAUAUUACCUUUCAGAACUAAACAGUUAGCAAAUAGCUGCAGGAUUGAUUGAUUGAUUGAUCUAUUUCGGUGCUCAGAAUACAAUGGCUCAAAUCAUUAGAUUAGCUAUGGGAAAGCUUCAUAGUUCCUGCUUGAGUUGGAAUUCAAGAAUAAGUUAUGAAAUGGCUGUUUGGUUUUUCACUGGCAUGUAGACCCCUGUGGUAAGUAGAAAGAAAGAGGGCAUUUUUCUUGAGAUCUUAUUAUAGUUUUCUCAUCCUCCUUCUUUUAAUACCCUCAGUUUUCAUGUGUGUUGUGUCCUCCUUUGCUGGCAUGCUCGCUUUACAUUUUCCAAGCCAGAAACAGCACCUCAUCUGCUGAGUCUGCCUUUAUAAUUACAUAUCUACAUUUAUGUCAGCACAACAUCUUCACUUUCAGGCAAGGAAAAAUAUGGUUAAUGAAGCACACUAGAUAAAAAAAUACAUCUUGGAAAGGAAAAGCCAAUGUUGAAUUUUUUCCUAUGGGAAGAUUAUAAUGUUUAUAGAAAUAUGGCUUCCAGAAAUGUUGCAAUUAUAAAAAACUUAUUUUAAUGUUAUUAAUCCUCAUGUUUAUCAAACAAAUGUAAAUGUUUUUCUUCCCCACCCUUUGGAAACUCACCAGUACAAGCCACAUAUAAAAUAGAUAUUUCACUUUUAGAGAGGGUCUUCACCUUCACUGAAUUUUGUAAUCAGAAGUCAGGUUAAUCUUAGCUUGCCCAAAACAAAGCAAUGUUAGAAAUAAUAUAUAUGUUCAAAUAUGGCUAGUUAAUAAGCAAAUAGAGCUAUAGAAGAAGAGGAAGCAUGAAUCUUAAGAAACUGCUAAUGCAAUUCAGAAGGAGCAUAUUGACUUGAAUGUCCCUGAGAACCAAUAAUUGCACUGUAAGCAGAGACCUAUUAAUAAGUUAACACUAUAGGGUAGGGAAAGACCUUGGCAAAAGCUUGGGCCCAUUGCUGAGUCUUAAGUAGCCCAGUUGCCUGUGUAGUUGGAUGAGAUUCAAUUUUAGGUCAGGUAUAAUGGAUUCAAUAAAAUCACUCUAAUGGCCAGAUUUCAACAGGACUGACCCAAGAUUUGAAUGGGGGUACUUCAAUUAAUUCUGCCUCUGGAUCCUCAAACUGAUGAGUAAGUACGUAAAACAGAGAUGUGUCUUCAAGUGUGCUAUACCUACUGAAAUGAAUGGGAUUCUUCAGUAGGACUUCAAGUAAUUAGAGCUCCCUAGUGCAGGAUUUGGGUUCCCUUAUUAGGCAUCCAUGUAACUGGACUUCAGAUUCAUGUUUCCUAUGACUGUGGAAGAAGAUUGGAUUAAAAGCCUGUAAUGACCUUAAAUAAUUCCAAAUUACUAUUAAAAU